AUGUCCCACGAACCGAAGAUUGUAGAAAUACAAGAAUUUAUCAACCGAAACGAAGUCGAUCUUGCCUGUAUCACGGAAACCUGGCUAAAGGAUGUGAUUCCCGACAGCGUUGUGGAUAUCCCUGGCUAUACCAUCAUCCGCCGAGACAGACAAAACAUCAUGCACGGUGGUGUGUGCCUCUACGUCAAAAACGACAAUAACUUUAAGUACCAGCGUCUUAACGACAUUAAAUGUUGCGAUCAACAUGAAAUUUUGUGGGUCCAGUUAACGCCCAAACGCCUUCCAAGAGGAUUCUCCAGCAUUGUUGUGUGUAUCGUUUAUCACCCGCAGCAAUCAUGUGCGAAUGACCAUAGCCUUCGUGAACACCUAUUCGAUACAUUAACAACGGUUGAGGCCCGAUUUCCCAGCUGCGCACUUAUCGUUUGUGGCGAUUUCAACCGGUUCAAUACCAAUAGCCUGACUAACCACUUCCGGCUGAAACAAAUUGUCAGAGUACCCACAAGGAAAGACGCCAUUCUAGACUUAAUCAUGACAAACCUUACAGCAUAUUAUAACGAUCCUAUCACCUUCCCGCCAUUUGGCCUGUCUGAUCACGAGACUGUACUUGUAACUCAAAAACAUCGAGUAAAGAGUUCUAACCCUACCAAGUACAUACUUAGAAGAGACACACGCCCUAGUCGUAGAGCGGAACUUGGCCGGUACUUGAGCUCCUUCGACUGGCCUCUCCUGUUUACAUCUUUGGAAACCUGUGACGAACUUGAGUGCGCACUCAGAGAAGCCAUAUUAACAGGCUUAGAUAUCAUCAUGCCCCUUGAAAGAGUCCGCUUGCAUACCAAGGACGCCCCCUGGAUGACGCCAGAACUUAAGUCUCUUAUCAUCAAGAGACAAAAAUAUUACCAUCAAUUUGGCGCAAGCUCAAUUCAAUACAGAUUCUACAGAAACCUAGUAAAUCGCAAACGUAAAUGCUGUAAAGCAAAGUUCUACGAGUCCAAGAUCCAACAUCUGAAAGAUAACGAUCCCAAAAGAUGGUGGAGCGAAGUCAAACGUCUAAGUGGUUCAUCUUCGCACAGAGGAGAUCUACGUAGCCAGAUUAACGUAGCCGAUCUCAAUAAUCUCCCUCCGAAAGACCUAGCAAACUUCCUCAACCACGAGCUUCUCGAGCCCUUACAGGACUACCGACUGGCUGCCCCCCUUGUCCCAAUACCCUUAGAGGACUCACCAGAGUUCCUAGAAGUAUCGGAAUACAGCGUAUUCGAACUGUUAUCUAAAUUAGAUCCAAGCAAAGCAUGUGGUCCGGACGCUAUUCCAAAUUGGUUACUGAAGGAAUAUGCCAUCCUACUUGCGUUUCCUAUCUGCAAAGUCUUGAACGCAUCUUUCAGCGAACAACGACUUCCAAACAUGUGGAAACUAGCUGACGUCACACCAAUACCGAAAAAGAAACCAAUCAAAGACUUUGCCUGA